AUGGGGCCGCUGCGGCUUACCCUCCUGGUGGCGGCUCUGGCCGGCUGCCUGCUUCCUGCCCGGGGCUGUGUCAUGUGUGAUCCAAAUGUCGUGGAGGCGCUAAACUCCUUGGAGACGGAUUACCUGCCUGGCCACCUGGAGGCCAAGCAUCAUAAAAACGUGAUGAAAAGGGUAAAGCAGGCAGUGGAAGCUUUCAAGGACCUGCCGAUUGACGAGGAUUCCUAUAUGGGGGUCGUCGAUGAGGCCACACUGGAAAAGGCAGCUUGGAGUUUGCUGAAGGAUCUGAAACGCAUCAUGGACAGUGAUGUAAAAGGUGAGCUCUUCGUGAAGGAGCUGUUCUGGAUGUUGCACCUGGCAAAGGAUAAUUUUGCCAGCUACGCUGCUCAGUUUCAAAAAGCGGCGUUUUGUCCCAACAAGUGUGGUUUGAUGUUGCAGCCUCUGAUCUGGUGCAGUACCUGCCAGAAGCAGGUUCACUCUUGUCGAAAGUCCUCGAAUUGCGGAGAGCGCAAAGUCAAGGUCCAUCAGAUGGAAGAUAUGAUCCUGGACUGUGAGCUCAACUGGCAUAAAAUCUCUCAAGGCCUGACCGAUUACAGCUUUUACAGGGUUUGGGGGAACAAUUCUGAGACACUGAUGUCCAAGGGGAAGGAGCCCACGCUGACCAAGACCAUGGUGCGUCCAAAGGAUGCAGGCACCUAUCGCUGCGAGCUGGGCUCUGUGCAAUCCAGUCCAGCCACGGUCAUCUAUUUUCAUGUCACAGUAUUGCCCAAAAGAAUCGUGGAGGAGAUACCAUCACCAAACACUGAAACCAAGGAUGAGGUGGCCCCAGGUGAGGUGACUUUGGAUCGCCCCCAGACGGCCACAACCCUCCAGUCACAGUCUCCGAAGCCAGAGAAAGUGCUGAGAAGCCGCCUGGUCGGGCUGCUGAUCUGGGGCUUUGUCGUGCUGAUAGCCAGCGUUGCCACCGUGAUACUUUUAUCUCGGUCUGGGAAAGUGAUCGAUUUCAUAAAGUCCUCCUGGUUCAGCACUGGCAGUGGAGCUGCUCAGGACUAUGAGGUUUCAGAAGAAAAGGCCAAAGAAUCAAGGAGAAAAUAA